GGCAAGAAGACAUCCAUCAACAAGAAGAGCAAAAAUAAGAGGGAAAAAAAACCUGUGACAAUAAGAUAACCACGAAGGCGCCCUCCGGACAACCACGCAAGGGAACCACCGGACGACCUCACGACCUCCAGACCCUCCACAGGACCUUCCGGAAGCACUCGCACGUCCUCCUCGGCCAGGAUGGGAGCCGAAGCUGACCCCAACGCCAAGAAGGAGACGCCCGAGGAGCAGCCCAAGAAGGGGUCGAUCGUCUCCAAGAAGCUGGUGAGAAUCGUGACGGUGAUGGCCUACGUGUCCGCGGUGUCCGGGGCGGGAUUCCUGCUCUCGGUCUACUACAUAUUCCUGUGGGACCCUCAGAUCAGGGGGGUGCGGCCCCCGGGCUACCUGCAGAGCGGAGAGAUGAUCGGCAUGCCCCAGGCGAGAGUGGCGUCCGUGCCCGAGGCCCUGAAGGGGGGCGUGCCCAUCCCGUACCCGCACAAGAUGUCGAAGGAGUUCAUGGAUGCCUACUACAGGAACGCCACCGAGCAGAGAGGCGAGGGCCACGCAGCUGACGUGGUGAACCAGUCAACGUCGAAGGUUCCAGACCUCGCCGCCGACCACGCAGCCAACAGCGGACACAACCCCCCCAUUAGCACUGCGGGGGUCAACUACCACGGUCAAGACGACAGUUCCUUGCAGAAAAGUAACGCGGAACAGCCCCCAACGAGGCCGCAGCAGGACCACAGCUCACAGCAGCACCGCCGAGCACAGCACCACGAGCAGCGAGGACCGCCGCUCACCGCCAACGCCUGAGGCUGAAUCAGACGAGUCUUCGGACGCACCAGACACAAACACAAACAUCCAGAGAAGACUCACUUUCCCGCGAACCAUGCUACCUUUUGAGCUCUCUUGUCUUCACGACUCAAACUGCCUUCAAGACCUCUCAUUUUCCCCACGACCCAAACUAUCUUCAAGCACUCUCUUCCACGACUCAGACUACCCUCAAACUAUGAUUUUCUUCGACUUCAAGUACCUUCAAACGACAUAAUGCAAUCACGGGAAUGACCGCUUGGGUAGAAGCAGGAUAGUUGGUCAGUUGGCAGUUUGUCGACUUCCAAUGGCAUUUAUAGUGUAAAGAUCGAUGUUUUUCUUUUCCUCUCGAUGGGAAAAUGUAUCAGAGGAAAGAGUUCUCAGUGGAUUAGUACUGAAAGCUUUCAGAUCUUUCUCUCUUUUGUACUUUGUAUAGUAACCCAUCCGAAUACAAAUCCCCCUUUUUGAGAGAUGUAUAUAUCCCAGAGAGCAAUUUGAAAGCGUGUCCCAAGUGGUAAAUGCUCUAGACCCCUAGGAUAGCCAGUAUAAUGUGUCCAGCUGAGAGAUCCUGAGAACUGAGAGGAAAAAAAAUGAGAUAUUGUUUUGAGAAAGGAAUCGAGCAUAAUUGUUGCCAGUUAGUGCAAAGCAGGUCUUACUAUAUAUAUAUAUUUACAACACAUGUAUAGAAUAUAUUCCUUCGUUAUGUUUACUGUUGGUUGAAUAAAAUAUGUCUAUGUA